AUGGCCAGACGAAGGAGUGAGUCUGGCACGGGGAAGCCGCUAACUGUGAAUAACUUUCUAUUGGUAUUUCGAGAGUUUUUCACAGCAUGGUUGAAUCUGGUGUUAUAUUAUAAUAAGGUCUACGACCAGUUGACCUUUGAUGAAGUUAAAGCAUUUGAUAUUCUCUUGUACAAGAGUCGGAAUCCGCAUUUGGAUAAAUAUAUCAAUGAUCUCGUUUUGAACAUCAUUAACAAUAUGAUCAUCAACAAGAGUCGGCCAAACAGCUUACAAAGUGUCUCCUGUCUUGUGUAUGACACAAGGACCGAUAUGGUGAUGAAAUCGUAUUCUCUUGUAUUUAGCCAAUUUGUCACCAAUCUAAGUGAAGCAAUCCAUGAACUACGAGAAGAUCUCGAAGGAGAUACCUCUGCAUUGUUGGAUUUGCCCCAUGCGCCAUGGCAAGAGAUUUAUGCCCAAUUUCAAACCUCGCUUUUCAAGCAUAUACAAGAGCUCAGGCAAGAAACGACUACAAGUGACCAAACUGCUACUUCAAGCUCAAGCUCAAGCUCAAGCUCAAACACGGCAACGGAAAAUGACCUAUUUUUCAAAAUUACGGUGCAAUUGGACAGUCGGAUAUAUCCAACAAAUGAAGGUUGGGUGAGGCUCAACGAGGGAAACACGCUCGAGGAACUGGAUGCAAGGGCAUUCACACUUAAACCCGUGUGUCAAUUGGACUUGGACUUACUUUGCUUUGAAGUUGUCAAUAAAUACCACACAAAUUCAGAAUUGUUCUAG